CGAGGCCUAUAAAUGCCGCACGAUCAAACCUCGCUUGGAUUCGAUUACGGCAAGAAGGAGCGGGGAUGGUCGUCGGUGGGCGGAAGAUGCGGAUUCCGCCGCUGAUCCUCCUCCUCCUCCUCCUUUCUGCCUCCGCCGCCGGAAUGUUUACCGCUCAGCGCGACUCCGGCGCGUUCCAGGCCGGCCUGAGGCUGGAGCGAGCGCUUCCGACGAAGGGCGUCCGCCUGGAUCACCUCCUCGCGCGCGAUCGAGCUCGCCAUGGCCGGUCCCUGCUGGGCACAUCCGGCGUGGUGGAUUUCCCCGUCGAGGGCUCCGCCAAUCCCUUCACUUUCGGGCUUUAUUAUACACGCGUGAGACUGGGGAACCCAGCUAGAGACUACUACGUUCAGAUCGAUACAGGGAGCGACGUCUUGUGGGUGACUUGCAGUUCUUGCGAUGGGUGCCCGAUAUCCAGCGGGUUGAAUAUCCAACUGAACUUCUAUGAACCAGACAAGUCAUCCACCUCUACAGUUCUUACUUGCUCCGACGAUCGUUGCACGUCUGCCCUCCAAACUGGAGAGGCCGUGUGUCCUUCCGGCUCUUCACGUCAUGCUUGCAGUUACUCCUUCCAGUAUGGCGAUGGGAGUGGAACUGCAGGCUAUUAUGUGUAUGAUACUAUCUACUUUGAUACGAUCACAGGAGAUCAACAGUCAUUAAAUUCGUCAGCUCAAAUUGUUUUCGGAUGCAGCAACUCACAGUCUGGGGAUUUGACAAAGUCAGACAAGGCAGUUGGUGGGAUUUUAGGGUUUGGACAGAAUGGAUUAUCCGUCAUUUCUCAACUGUCUUCUGCAGGCGUUGCUCCUUCAGUUUUCUCUCACUGCCUGAGCAGUUCAGAUAGCGGUGGAGGCAUUUUGGUGCUGGGAGAGAUUGUGGAACCGGGUAUUGUCUAUACCCCGCUUGUGCCAUCCCAGCCUCAUUACAAUAUAAAUCUAGAGAGCAUCACUGUCAAUGGCCAGGCACUGUCCAUUGACUCAUCAGUGUUCACCACAACAGACACUCGAGGGACCAUUGUUGACUCUGGUACCACAUUGGCUUACCUUGCUGAACAGGCCUAUGGUCCUUUCGUUAACGCAAUAAUUGCUUCUGUUUCAUCAUCGGUGCGAUCAAUCUCUACUUCCGGUGGAAACGAGUGUUUUGUGACUUCCAGCAGUCUUGAUGAAUCAUUUCCUUCUGUUACACUGAACUUUAAGGGCAGUGUUUCCAUGUCACUAAAGCCUGAGAACUAUCUAUUACAGCAAGGGAUUGACGGUGAUACUAUCAUAUGGUGUAUAGGCUUUCAAAACAACAAAGGUUCAGAAAUAACCAUUCUGGGAGACCUUGUUCUAAAGGAUAAGAUAGUUGUUUAUGAUUUGGCAAAUCAGCGCAUAGGCUGGAGGAAUUAUGAUUGUUCUCAGUCUGUCAAUGUUAGUACAUCAUCUGGCAGGAAUCAGUUCCUAAACACUGGGCAAUUCAAUGCUAAUGGAGUAUCACACAUGGUCUGCCACAAGCUUCUAUGGACCAGCAUAGGAUUUUUGUUCUUGUUUCUGUUCUUUCUCUAAGCAGCUCACCAAGACAGAAGAUCACACAGAUAGAAUUACUUUGAUUCUUAACGAUAGAAUAUACACACAGUGCACAUUGAUUCUUUACUGGUGUUAUUGGAUGGACAUUGCUGCCAAUUCUUGUAAGUUUGAUUGUAAUAGACGUAGAUGAGUUUGUACAUGAUUAGACUUCAUCUUAUGAAUUGGCUUUUCUGCAUAUAAAAUUCAACUCAA